AUGCUAUUUGCAGUGAAAACUACCGACAGUCGCCCUAUGUGGCCUACACUUGAAGUUACAACAGAAACGAGAGAACUCUCUCCAGCACACUUCUUGGUCAAGAUUGAGUCAUUCUCCUUGCUUUCAGAAAAUGGUAUAGACAAGUAUGAAUCAAGUGAAUUUGAAUCAGGCGACUACAAAUGGAAGUUGAUAAUAUACCCUAAUGGGCGAAACACAGAUGAUGGAGCCAAUCAUGUUUCUGCUUACUUGGUUGUAGCAGAUAUAAGUUCUUUGCCUACAGGCUGGGAAUUUAAUGCCUUCUUCGGCAUCUUUUUGUUCAAUCACAAGCUUGACAAUUUUAUGUCUAUGAAAGGUCAACGACGUUUUCAUCGUAUAAACCCUGAAUGGGGCUUUUCCAAUUUCAUUGCUUGGGAAACUUUGAUAGAUCCAACUAAUGGAUACAUUGUUGACGAUAAAUGUUUAUUUGGGGCGGAAGUGUUUGUCAUCAAGAUAACUGAUUCCUGUAAGCGUGAAUUCAAGUUAUCGAAAUUCUCAGAACUGAAAAACGAGUGGUAUACUGAGGAAUUCAUCACUGGAGAUCAUAAAUGGAAGCUUUGUGUGUGUCCGAAAGGAGAUGGUGAACAAAAGGGGCACUGUGUUUCUAUAUUCUUGUGUGCAGUUGGUAUUGAAAAACAGUCUUCCUAUCUAAAACUGAAUGCGGAUUUCUCCAUAUGCCUGAAAAACCAGAUUGGUUGUGCAGCUCGCAAGAUCCACAACAAUCAAUGGUUUUCAGCUUCUGACCAUUGGGGAUGGCCUAGAUUCAUUCCGAUGGUUGAUAUGAAUGAUCCUGAGAAAGGAUUUGUCGUUGAAGAUAGUUGCAUCAUUGAACUUCAAAUUUCUAUUCAAGCUGUCGUUCGAAGUUUAACAUAG